UAUUUGACUGCAGGUAUGUUGUUCGGUGCUCGUCAUUGCGGAGUUUCAACAAUGCGAGCGCGGGGAUGCUACUUGUCUCCAGUACCUACAUUCAUCAAUGCAUCAUAUGUCAUGGCACAUCUACGAUGUCUCGGACGCAAGCCCCUAAAGCACCAUCAGUCUACAGCUAAACAACUUGAGUUUCUGGCCAUUGCACAACUGGCUGCAGCAGAAGAUGACAAUGAUGAACUUCUCGGCCUUGCACUGGCAGCACUGGCUGCAGACCAUAGAUGGAAAUCACUCAGUAAGAAAUAUGGCAUACAUGGAGAAUACAACCAGCCAAAAUCUAAGGAUUUCUUCGACAUUCUGCUUGGACACUCUAGUGAAAGACAAUUCAAAGCUUGGUUCACUGCAAGUCCAUCAGCUUCGAGUUUCAGAUCAGCCUGGCUCAGCUGGUUCUCAGCAAGCUUCAAGAUCUCGUCAUCCGAAUUUCCUGAAGUGCGUCUGUUGCCUUCACCUGAUCUGCCUCCCGUGCCUCUGACUACCUUUGACUUUAGGACAGGCAAGGGCUCAGAGUUAUCAACACCACUCUUCGAGGCUCUUGGUUUUGGAGUCAUAGUGCCACCUGCUUGUGCUGACUUUGGUGUGGCCUGUGAAUUUUUGCUGGUGUCAAUGCAAGGUCACCCAGUGAAAAAAUUGAUGGCGAAGCAAACACAGCUCUCUCGUUCCCGUGCCAAUGAGGCUGCGCAUCAUAAUCUGUGUUCGGAGGAGGCUGUGUAUGUUCAUGAAGCAUGGGCACUUGCUUGA